AGGGAUCCCUCCUUUGGUGCUGCUGACCAGUGAGUCUUUUAGGUACACUUCAGCAGUGGUCACACAGAACUGACAAACUUAAGCUGGAGGAGGAAAGAUGAUGUCCUUGGAUGGACCACGGAAGACCAUCAGUAACCCGGUCAUUCCAUAUGUUGGAACAAUCCUUGGUGGUCUUGUUCCUGGAGAGCUGAUUGUGAUACACGGGGCUGUUCCUGACGACGCAGACAGGUUCCAGGUGGAUUUACAGUGUGGCAGCAGCAUAAAACCUCGAGCUGAUGUGGCUUUUCAUUUCAACCCCCGCUUCAAAAAGUCUGGCUGCAUCGUUUGCAACACACUGGAGGGGGAAAAGUGGGGCUGGGAGGAGAUCACUUAUGAGAUGCCCUUUCAAAAAGGGAAGUCGUUUGAGAUUGUCAUCAUGAUUUUAAAGGAUAAAUUCCAGGUGACUGUAAACAAGAAGCACUUGCUGAUCUACAACCACAGAAUUAGCCUUGAAAGAAUAGAUACUCUUGGAAUAUAUGGCAAAGUGCACAUCAAAACUAUAGAUUUUAUUUCUAAUGGGGAAAUACCAGAUGGUUCACAAUUUGGAGUUCCAUACGUUGGGAAACUUGAUACUGCACUACAUCCAGGAUGCACAGUUGCCAUUAAGGGAGAAGUGAAUAAAAACCCAAAGAGCUUUGCAAUAAAUCUGAGAUCAAGUGACUCAAAGGACAUUGCAUUACAUCUGAAUCCCCGACUGAAAAAUCAAGUUUUUGUAAGAAACUCAUACCUCCAUGACAGCUGGGGAGAAGAAGAAAAGGAAAUUGCCAAUUUCCCUUUCAGUCCAGGGAUGUACUUUGAGCUGAUCAUUUUCUGUGAUGCCCACCAGUUCAAAGUUGCUGUUAAUGGUGUUCACACUCUGGAGUACAAGCAUCGUUUUAAACAACUUGAAAAGAUCAAUGUAGUGGAAAUCACAGGAGAUGUUCAACUGUUAGAUGUGAGGAGCUGGUAGUUCUUUUCAACCUGUAUUGAAAGAAUUAAACCUCUUCUAAUGACAGUGCCUCCCUGUCAAAUACAAACAGGUGCUGACUUGCCCUGAGCAUGCCUUUACCUGUCUAGGCUUCUCUGUC